AUGGAUUUGACGUGGUGCGACUGAUCUUCACGCGGGGGGGGGGGGGGGGGCUAGCGAUGAGGCAGCUUCGUCGCGCUGCCAACUCAACGUGCCGGGGGGCUUUUCGGAUUUCCUCGAGGCGAACUGUGGCAAGAACACACUCUACACAUAUAAGAAGACGCAGGACGGUGUUUUACUUGAUCAUUGCGCACAUUUGUCGUCGCAAAUCAUUCUCGAUCCCGAAGUUUUAUGUAAUUCAUUUCGCGCUCGAUCGGUUCCCGAGUGCCACGGGCGCGGGCGGGCGAUCAACACCUUCGCGCUCCGAUGGCCCACGGCGUCGACCACUCUCGACUUGGUCGAUCCAUCAGUCGCCAUCGCAUUCCCAUCCUCGACCAAGGCAGCGAUGUCCGCCGCCCCGACCGAACCGAGACGGCGGCCCGUGACACGAUCCACGUCGAAGCAGAGACUCGCGUCACCCCCUCGUCGAAGGUCAGGACGUGUGGACCAAGAUGAGGCGGACCAGUUCGCAAUGAAGGCGCCUCGACGGUAUGGUGCCUCGACCGAGCGCGAGGUCACAACACCACCGCCGGGCUCAAGGUAAGCGCUCAGCCCGGGCCUCGGGAGCCUGACAGAGGAGCUGAUUUUGGGGUGGGAUCUUUCCUCGCAGUAGCACAACAUCGGGUGCACCGUCAUUGAAUCGGAAAACGGUCGUACUGGCGCUGUUGGUGCUACAGAACGCGUCCGUGUCGCUCCUGACGAGGAUGUCUCGCACCCCGUCGCGACCAGGCGCGAUCGUCUAUGUCCCCGCCGUCGCCGUCUUCACCGCCGAACUCUUCAAACUGUCCGUGUCGCUGACGAUGCUCGUACGUGAUCGGAGACACAAAGCAAAAGUCCAGGGGAACGUCAAGGUCGCCAAAGCGGCAGCGCAUACACUCAUCCUCGCCGCCCUGUCCGAUCUCUUUCGCCGUCAGCGACCCGAGAUCCUAAAGCUGUCCGUACCCGCAGCAUUGUACGCGUUACAAAAUACGCUCCUCUAUACCGCGCUAUCGAAUCUCGACGCAGCGACUUACCAAACGACGUACCAACUCAAAUUGCUCACGACCGCGCUCUUCUCGCUCAUGUUCUUCCGGCGUUCCUUGUCCUGGCGCAAAUGGGCUGCGUUGAUCCUCUUGACGAUCGGCGUCGCGACCGUUCAACUCGAAACUACAACGGCGAACGCGACACCCAAGGCGUACGGCGGUCCGGAACAGAACCCUCGCGUCGGGUUAUUGGCGAUUCUCGCGGCAUGCGUGUCCUCGGGUUUGGCAGGAGGAUGGUUCGAAUACGUGCUCAAAUCGUCCGUACCGGCUUCACCACCAUCCGUUCCUUCCUCACCGACCAAACCUGGGAGUCCGCACGAGAACAACCCUGCGGAUCCACCACGGAUGUUACAACUUCGUGCCGGAUCGCCGUCGUUGUGGGUCAGGAAUCUGCAACUCUCGAUGCCGAGCUUGGUCUUUUCCUUUGCUGGGGUGUUGUUGUCCCCUCAGGUGGGAAACUUGAACAAUAUUUGGGUUGGGUUCACGCCACUUGUUUGGGGGGUCGUGUUGAAUCAGGCCUUGGGGGGUUGUUGGUGGCGAUGGUCAGUUUCUCCAGGUCCCUCACGUGACUUGUCGCCUGCACCGAGCUGACGAUUCGUUCUUCGGUCGUAGGUUGUAAGAGAAGCAGAUUCAGUCGCCAAGGGGUUCGCGACAUCCUUGGCAAUAGUUCGUAAGUCCCUACAUCCUAAAACACCUUCCCCGUACCCCCUUCUCUCUGACUGACAACCAACCUCGCAACGCAGUCUCGACCUUGGCAGGAGCCGUUUUUUUCGGCUUCAUCCCCGGUGUGCAAUUCUUGGUCGGCGCGAUGAUGGUCAUUUCUUCGACCAUCUUGUAUGCGAUGGACAAGUCGGGGUGA